GGGAUGUUCUGUUGUGGGCACACAUGAUCAGUGCCUCACAAUUUGUUGUCAAAAGAGACCACUUUUACUAGUUUUAGAGUUUGUAGUAGAUUCUAUGUGUUGUCUUGAUUAUGUCUGAAGGCAAGGAGGAGAGUGGAGAUGACAGGGUGCGGAUCCCUGCUGACAUCACGUUUGAUGACCUGGUGGUGGACAUCAACUUCCACCCCAGUAAACCUCUCAUCGCAGCCGGGCUCAUCACGGGGGAAGUCACUUUACACUCCUACGCAUCCUCUGCCAACACCUUAGUGAGGACCUUCAAGCAUCACAAGAAGGCAACCAGAGCAGUGGCUUUUUCCAAGGAUGGGAACAGUCUGCUGACCUGUUCUAAGGACAGGUCCCUGCAGGUAGUGGAUGUAGAGACAGGGAAGGUUUCCCAGAGUUUCCCCCAGGCCCACCCCAGCCCUGUGUACUGUCAGCUGGUCAUCAGUGACAGGCUCAUGGCUACAGGGGACGACGAUGGAAAUGUGAAGCUGUGGGACCUGAGGAAGGGACAUCCCAUCAUGGAGCUGCAGGAGAACCAGGACUUCAUCAGUGACAUGGCAGUGGACGAGGAGAAACGCUUUCUCCUGGCUACAAGUGGAGAUGGCACCAUGACAACCUUCAACAUCAGACGUCGGAAAAAGGUGAUGCAGUCAGAAAACAUGGAGGAUGAGAUGUUGUCUGUUGCUAUCGUGAAGGAUGGCAGCAAAGUCAUCUGUGGCACUGGGGAGGGAGCGCUGAACUUCUUCAACUGGGAGGAAUUUGGGAACAUCAGUGACAGGUUCCCUGGUCAUCCCAUGUCUGUGGACUGUAUCGUACCUGUCACAGAAAACAUAGUCUGCACAGGGUCUAUGGACGGUGUCAUCAGGGCCGUGAACAUCCUUCCCAACAGAUUCAUGGGUGUUGUUGGAGAACAUGAAGAGUUUCCCAUAGAACAGAUCAGGAUCACUCCCAACAGUGAAAUGAUCGCUAGCUGUUCUCACGACCAGAAAAUCAAGUUCUGGCACGUCGCACACUUAGAGAAGGAAACCAUCGAUGCCUCCAAGAAGGCGAAGAGGGACAACAAGCCAAAGAACUUGAAGAAAACAGCUGGACAGGAAGACUUCUUUGCUGACUUUGGGAAAGACUUGGAGGUGAAACCGGCAACUGAAUCUGAAGAAGGUUCGUCUGAAGAAGAGGGGGACUCUGACUCUAAUAAUGAGGAAGAGUCAGGCAAUGAGGAAGAUGCAGACAAUGGAAAUGAUUCAGACUCUGAGGAAUCAGAUGAUUUCUUAUCAGAGGAAGAAGAUUCUGAGGAUCUUGAUGAGGAUGAUUUUGACUCAGCUGAAGACUCUGACUCAAAUUCUGACUCAGAGUCAGAGGAGAGGACAGGUGAUGAUGAUGAUGAAAAAGAAGAUGAGAAUGAAAAAGACGUGGCAAAUGACAAGCCAGAUUCUGACAGCUCAGGAAAACAGUAAUUCACUGUAGUGAAAAUUUGAUUUUCUAAAUUUUUAGGCAUAACCUCUUUUGAUACUCUUCAGAAGACUUAUGUUACAGCGAACAUGUUUGGAACUAUUCUAACCUAGCCUGAGUACUAGAACAUUCCAGGUGACACAUUAGCCAGAGCACCAGGUACCACAUGCCUUUUCAUUUCCAACUGCUGAAUGGAUUCCUGUGGGAAUAUUGUGAUUUCUAUGAAAAUUUGGAUCAAACAUCAGUCACUGUGACAAAGUCUUACAAGGCAUCUAGUCUUGGAUAUACAAUGUACUAAAAUACAUAGAUAAGUUACUAAAUCAUUUAAAAAGAAACACAGCAAGAGGCCGGUUGAAUUACAAACUGUUAUAAUCAGCAAUCUUCAAAACAAUAUAUUCUAUAUGACUGAACUACACAGGAUGCAUCAUUGCUGAAAUAUACUCUUGUUCAUUCUGAGUCCAAGGACCAACAGUACUUUAAGUACUGCUCUACCAUUAGAAGACUGGAAGACUUUCCCCCCAUCCUAAUGACACAGCUACAUUCCCCUUUUCAACAACUGUCUCGUUACUGAAUUUCCCCCAUUCUCAACUUAAUUCUUCAGCUAUUUUAACCCCUGUACUACUAAAAGUUGUGUUGUAUGUGUCCCACUUUACAAACCUGGAAAGAGGAAACUUUUACUUACAUGCAUAUGCAACAUGUACUUUGUAUCCGUCCCAGGUUUACAAACUUUAAGUUUGGUUUUUCUUAAGACUUGAUCUACAUAUACUUUACAUGUAUGUCUUUCUUCAGACACUGAUUUUACAGACAUGCUGGCCUUCCUUAAGACAGUAGCUUCAUGUAGUGUUUACUUUAGCCUU